AUGAACUCUAUGCUCGAGGCGGUGUACGCCGGCGUGCCCAUGCUGACCCUGCCCAUAGCGUUCGACCAGCCGGUCAACAGCCGGCUUGUCGUCGAGGUGUGGAAGACUGGGCUUGGUCUCAGGGAGAAGGCACGGGACGACUGCGUCAUAGAAAGAGUGGAGAUCGCCGCGGCAGUGGAUAGGCUCAUGCGUCGCGACACGGUGAAGGCCGAGGACAGGCUGAGGAAAGUGGCGUUGCUGAAGGAUGCAGCUCGCGCUGCGUGUGAAGAGGGUGGAUCCUCGUCAAGUUCAUUUCGGAGUAAGAUUCAGCUAUAA